CCCUCUUGUGUUGCGGAACAGUCAUCGCAGUCGACAAGGAGGAGAGUUCGGUUGAAAGCAGCAGCCAUAUUUUUUCAUCUCUCCCCUUUGAUUGUCGCAGCAGCGGUGAAUACAGAUUGAUGUGCAGGUGAAAAAAACAUUACCCAGUAAAGGAAGCACCUCGGUUCUCAAGUGGUAACCCCCUAAUCGUUGUCGUUCCGGAAGUGGAAAAAAGAAGCAGAAGAAAAAGACUGAACCAGCGCCUCCUCAACCGGCAGCAGCAGCAAAAAAAAAUCACAAAAUGGCCUGUGCAACGCUGAAACGUUCGCUCGACUGGGAGAGUCUCAAUCAGCGGCCGACCAAGCGCCGGAGGUGCCACCCCUUCGGGAGUCCGGCCGGCGCCGCCGGCAGCAGCACUUCCAUCAGCAACGCCCUCAACAGCAGCCCCUCGUCCUCGUCGGCGGCUGCCCGCAGUGCCGUGAUGGAACCGAAGCCUUCCCCGUUUGCCGAUGCCGUCUGCCCCAAGCUGACCCCAGAAAAAAUGGCCCAAAACAUCACGGAAGAGAUCAAAAGACUGCACCGCCGGAAGCAGCUCACCUUCAACCACAGCGAGCGUAUGCAGGACUCGGAAUCGAGCGGCUCCGAGAUGGGCCCGGACAGUCCCCGCCGGCCGGACAGCCCCCCGAGCAUGGUCAAGAACCCGGAGAAGGCGCUGUUCACGUUCAAACAGGUACAAAUGAUCUGCGAGCGUAUGCUCAAGGAACGAGAGGACUCCCUGCGGGAACAGUACGAUGCCGUGCUGACCACCAAGCUGGCCGAGCAGUACGACGCAUUUGUCAAAUUCACCUACGACCAAAUACAGAGACGCUACGAAGCGGCGCCAAGUUACCUCUCCUAAGCAGCUCUAUUUAAAAUAACACGUUCGAUGUAAAAAAAAAGCAAGCAGCAGCAACAGCAACGUGUGAAACGAUGUACACACAUCCUCCACCCAAGCACACAUACAGACACAUAAGCACACAAACAAACAAGCAAAACAAAAAAUCCAGCAACAGCAAGAUAAACGCGCGCGCAUCUACUACGUAACAAAAAAAAAUAUUUAAAUUCUCAGAUUAACUAGAAAAGAGCGAGCGAGCGAGUAAGCGAGACCGAGCCCUACCGAGUAGAGCGGACCUUUCGUUGUUACUUUUUUUUGUUGUUUGUUUUUAAAUUGUACCUCUAAAUUUUACUACACACACUGUCACACACACACACACACCUAUACUCAUCUUGCUGAAUUUAACAUUGUUGCUAAACAAACACCCACAAACAAAAAUGCUUAACAAGAAAGAGGAGAACCCGAUCGAUGAGACCUUUCGUCCUCGGAUAGACUGUUCUUUAGAGAAAGAGAGAAAGAGAAAACAUACAAAUCAACACAAAAACACAUACAUUUAUUAUCUUUAUUAUUUUUUUGGAAUCUAUAGUUUGUAAUGCUUACACACUCUCAACGCUAACAAAGAGUGAGAGAGAGAGAUACAUUCACAAUCAAUUUGUUUGAAUUGCUUCGUAGAAAUUGUUUUCCAACCUACAACACCCACACACCAAGAAGAGAGAAAGAGAGAGGAAGAGAGUAAGCAACAGUUUGUGAGAAUCGCCCAAUAAACUCUUGCAAACGAGAAAGAGCUACCGGAACGCGACUUUUCUUUUUUUGUCUAUUUCUGUGUUGUUCUUUGGUUAAACCUAACCUUAAUCCCUUCUAUUACUUAGCAUAAUUUGCAAAAUUCUCCCCCGUAUCGUAUAAUUAAAAGAAAGAGUUAUUUUAUUUAGCGUAAUUUUUGUCUUUUUCAUUAUUACUACUUCUGAUAAGUGCUUUGCGUUUUUUUUUUCUCAACGCAGAUUUUCCUCCCCUCAACCCUGCGCUAGUAAAAAUUUAGUUUGUAAGAAAACACUCAUUUUGUUGUCGUUUUGUCAAUUUGUUUCUCUUUUGUUUAUUUUUUUCGUAGCCAAUUUUGUGCAAAAUUAUUCCAGAUAAAUUUAGUUUCUUUGCUCUGUUUUAUUGACAAUUAUUUCUGUGAUGCUUCCGCGUAUUCGGACACUCACUCAAGAGAGGGGGAAAAGAACGGCGAAGCAAGAGGAGUAAAUUUAACAGAAAACAAGAAAAAACAGCACACAUAACAAACAAUUAUCUCAUCUAAAAUAGUAGGGAAAACCAUGAUAAUACUAACACUGAAGGUGGAAAUAGCGAAACACUAAAAGCUAAGGCAUAACACAUAGAGAACACACAACAUAUACACUUAUACAUAUGGAACUAUAUUUAUAUACAUAUUAGAAAGUGAAGCAGGAGAAGGAAAAAAACAAGCAUAACAAUUGAAUACGGCUGAUGUUUGACUAGAAUGCAAAACAUUAACCUAACUGACAGAGGUUCCGAUCUCUAAAGGGAGAAAAACAACAGUUCAUGUAAAGUUAAGUUUCUACAUAAGUUAAGGUAUGGCGAAUCGGGAGAAGAGUAAUAAAACAAGUUAAAGUAAACCUUAAGGAUCGUCAUUAUAUAUUAGUAUACAAAAGUAAAACAGCAAACUAAGAUUGAGAACGGAUACAGAAAAUUGAAAAAGAAAACACAAAAAUUAAGCUUGUACUAUAAACAGUAAGAUGAAGUUAAUUAAUAAGCGUUUAUAUACAUAUGUUUUAUAUAAAAAAAAGUGGAGGAAAAAACUGAAGCAAAACUAUCUUUAUGAAACAACACACACACUUUAACCUAUAUCGAAUUGCGAACGAGAAAGAAACAAAACAAAACACUAGAUUCAGCUCCGAUAAAUCAUUGCAAACGUAAUUCAUAAACCACACCAGCCAGAAUUGCACGCACUCACACACACCUCCAAUAGUGUGUAUUAAAUUGCGUGCAUUAAAAUGCAGUCGCAGCGCAAAUAAGCAGAGAGAAAAAAAAACAAACCUACCUACCUUAACCAAAACAAGUAAGAGAAAUAAAUUGAUCAGCCUAACUCUAACCAUACUUCUCUCCGAUUGGA